AUGUCUAACAAGCCAAUGCAGAUCCCCCAACUAAUCGAAAACUACAAACGUGGCUCAGCGGAUGCGGUCUCCAUCACUUUCCUCUUCGUCUGGUUCGUCGGUGACAUUGCAAACCUCAUAGGCUCCCUCUGGGCCCAUCUCGUCCCCGUCAUUAUCGCCAUUGCUGUCUACUUCUGCUUCGCAGACGGCAUCCUCAUCUGCCAAUGCCUCUAUUUUAACGUCAAGAAUGCCCGUCUGGAAGCUGCCUUGGCUGCCCGUACACGCAAGUAUGGCUGUGACCGUCGCCGCACCUUGUCCAGCGGGACGGUUGCCGACGAGUCUGACGCGGAGUCCGAUGCAUCCGACCCCACCACUCCGCUCCUCUCCCGUCGCAUGAGUGAGAACCUGGGCAUUUCGGCCUCUGCUUCUUCGGCGGCGCGGAGGAGGCGGUCGUCCGCAUCGGCGCGAAGGCGGCACUCGCAUCCCUACGUACCGGAUUCGUUGACGAAGAUCCUGGAGGAGACGGAGCCCGGAAACACAUGGGUGAAGAAUACUUUGAGUAUUCUUGGGAUCUGUGCCGUCGGGACGGCUGGGUGGGCGAUUGCCUGGCAGUCGGGUGUGUGGCAGCCGACUGCUACCGAGCAGCGAGAGAAAAUGGCUAUUGGCGCGCAGGUAUUUGGGUAUCUGAGCGCCGUUUUUUAUCUAGGAGCACGGAUACCUCAGAUUAUCAAAAAUUACCGUGAAAAAUCUUGCGAAGGACUUUCUUUGCUGUUUUUUAUUUUUUCUCUCAUGGGAAAUUUAUCGUAUGGUGCAGGGAUAUUGUUCCAUUCUACUGAAAAGGGAUACUUUCUUAAGAACCUUCCAUGGCUGAUUGGGUCCCUCGGGACGAUGGUUGAAGAUGUCGUGAUCUUUGUACAGUUCCGAAUAUAUUCCGUCCAAUACGCAGAUUCAUCCUCCUCAGCUGUAAUAUGAAAAUACCCCAAAUAUCCUCCCUCUCGCUCUCCUUUCCCCCUCCAUUGUAUUUUUUAAAAUCCUCAUUUGGGCGGCCUUUUCUUUUUUUUCCUUUUCAUUUUUCAAUUUCUGUCACAUUUAAAAGCAAAACUGGUCAGGAACCAAAAAAUUGGCGGCGGGAUGCAUGUUACAAUUUCACCCUUUUUCUAUUUCG